AAAACUCCGAUAUCAACGAAACGUCCGAUGUUCCAAAAAGCCUCUCGAGGGAUAUUACUGGUGAUGCCCCCAUGGCAAGUCAAGGCCGCUCGACCGUCACAUGGCGGCGAGCGCCCGUUCCGUCCUCAACCGUCUCAUCCAACGUGCCGCCCGCCCCAAGCGAUCCCGCAAGCCCUCCUCCUCUUCUUCCCGCACCGUUAUCCGACGGCACCUCGACUCCGGCGACCUCCCAAAGACCAUUGCCGCCCUUUCCUCCUCCCCUGCCCCCUUCCCCGCCUCCUUGUACGCUCGCCUCCUCCGGCUCUGCUCCUCCAAGCGCUCCCUCGUCGACGUCCGCCGCGUCGAGUCCCACCUCGUCGCCUUCAACCCCUCACCCUCCACCUUCCUCUUGAACCGCACCAUCGAGGCCUACGCCCACUGCGGCAGCCCCACCGACGCCCGCGAACUCUUCGACGAAAUGCCCAAGCGGGACGGCGGCACUUGGAACGCCAUGAUCGUUGCCUACCGUUGUUCGGACUGCCCCGACGAGGCGCUUGCCCUCUUUUCCACCAUGAAUGGGUCGGGCAUCCACCCCAAGGAUGUCACCUUGGCGUCCGUGCUUGGCUGCUGCGGCGAUCUCUUGGCCUUGCUUCUCGCCAGGCAAAUUCAUUGUCUCGUUUUGAAGUACGGCUAUUUUCCGAACGUGAUCCUCGAUACUUCCGUCGUCGAUGUCUAUGGUAAGUGCUUUGCAAUGGACGACGCAAGGAAGAUGUUCGACUCGAUCAUUGACCCAAAUGACGUAUCUUGGAACGUGAUUGUGCGGCGGUACCUUGAAGCAGGGAAAGCUAGAGAAGCAUUGCUUAUGUUCUUCCGGAUGAUCAGAGGAGGGGUCAAGCCUUUGAGCUUUACCGUGUCGAAUGCUCUUAUUGCCUGUUCUGAGGCCCUUGCGCUCAAGGAGGGGCACCAAAUUCAUUCAACUGUGAUCAAGGCCGGUUUUGAAGGGGACAAUAUUGUCGGGAGCUCUCUCAUGGAAAUGUAUGCAAAGUGUGGGGUUGUUCAGGAUGCUCGUCAACUAUUUGAUCAAGUGCCUUCCAAAGAUGUUGUCUCAUGGACUUCUAUGCUCUCAGGUUAUGCAACCUGUGGGAGAAUAGACGAGGCUGAAAAGCUCUUCGAUGAGAUGCCUGAAAAGAAUGUGGUCUCGUGGAAUGCAAUGUUGGCUGGUUAUGUUCGAUUCUUUUGUUUGGACGAGGCGUUGGAUCUUUUUUGCAGGAUGAGGGAGACUAUAGAGAUCGACCUUGUUACUCUUGGUUUAGUACUGAAUGUUUGUGCAGGAAUGUCUGAUCUUGAUCGAGGAAAACAAGUUCAUGGGUUUUCUUAUAGGCACAAUUCGGGAUCCAACUUGUUCUUUAGCAAUGCACUGAUCGAUAUGUAUUCAAAAUGUGGGUGCUUGAGAAAUGCUGAGGUUUGCUUCAGGAUGGUCUCCCGGCGGGAUACAGUUUCUUGGAACUCUUUGAUAUCAGGAUAUGCGCGCUAUUGCAGGAGUGAGGAGGCAUUGGCUGCUUUCAGUGAGAUGCAGUUUGAAACUACUCCAAAUGAGCUCACUUUCAGCAUAGCAUUGGCUGCUUGUGCAAAUAUCUUCAUGCUUGAGCAUGGAAAGCAAAUUCAUGCAUACAUGGUCAGAAAUGGUUUUGAGCUGGAUGUCAUAAUUAGAGGAACGCUAGUUGAUAUGUACUCAAAGUGUCGGUUGAUAGAGUAUGCCAUGAGAGUUUUUGAAGAGGAGAGCUUUCGGGAUCUGAUCCUUUGGAACUCCAUGAUAUUGGGUUGUGCUUAUAAUAGGAGAGGUGAGCGCAGUCUUGAACUUUUUGAGGAAAUGCGGAAGGAGGGGAUUGCAGCAGACAAUGUUACAUUCGUUGGUGUAUUACUUGCUUGUAUCAGCGAGGGAUAUGUUGAUCUUGGCCGGCGGUAUUUUAAUUUGAUGAGUGACGAGUAUGGUGUCAUACCUCGAGUUGAGCAUUAUGAAUGUAUCAUCGAACUACUAGGCAUCCAUGGAUUCAUGGUUGAGCUUGAGGAUUUCAUUCAACGAAUGCCAUUUGAACCAACUAUCCCGAUGUGGACAAGAAUCUUCGAUUGUUGCCGGGAACAUGGAAACAGAAGUUUGGGUGAAAGGGCUGCAAAAUGCAUCAACAAAUCUAACCCAAUAAAUCCAGUUCAAUUUGAGAUUCUUGAAAGAACAGAACUGGACACAAAAAAGGAAGCACAUCACUUGUAGCCAAUACUGUGAGCUACCAGCUCAAUCAUGAAUAAUGAUAUGUCUCCCAAAGCUUAUUGCAAAAGGAGGCAGACUGCAAUAGCUAAUAACUCAUGUUGUCUCUCAUCAAGGUUGGAGAACUUUGCAACUUAUGUAGGAUUGAACAGGAUCCUGCAUACCUGUUGCCUAUGAGGAGAUUCAACAGUUUGCAAAACAUUGCAUUAUAAGAUGUGGCCAGAUUUUGUUCAAGGGAGUACAGCUAUCAUUUUGAAGAUAAGGUAUUCUAAAAGAAGCCUGAAUGCAGAUAUUGGAAGCUAGUGGUACUGGUACAAGAUAGGGCAAGAUUUGGUGUACAGUACAGUCGACUUGGUAAACGCAAAACAUGUUGUAAGAUGCCCAGAUAAAAAUGCUAAUCAGUUCUUUAUCAUGUUCUACUGAAGACUAUGCUCAGAAGCUUUUUGUUGAUCAAAAUCAAUGUUGCUUACUUCGCUUCUUGCAAUUGUUUAGUGAAAGGAUAAAGUUGCACCCAGAUGCAUGAGGGACCAUCUAGAUUGCAGGAACCUCAAUGGGGUGCUUGCAAACAGGAGCCAUGAGUCUCUCACCACGAUUUUGCUAGCUCUGCCAUUCACAGGUUCGAAACUGAUUACUGUUGGUGGCCAUUGGGCAGAGCCAAUUGCUUGCAUCAUGUUGCACAAGUUUAGCAAAUCUGUAAGUUAUCAUGCAAUUCAUAUGUUAUAUAUGUUUCCAUGGUAAAUUCUUAUCUUGAUGCUCCUUAGAGAAUGUCUUAGUGAGUUUUUUUUUUUUUCUUGAAGCUAUUGACUAUUGAAUUAUAAAGAAAAAGAUGUAGCUGGAAAAUUAUUGUUGUUAUGAUCCUUCAUAAUGAA